AUGCAGACAUAGUUUUUGAUGCUUUAAUCAUAACAAGUUUAGAAAUAACAGUAUUUUCAAUUAGGAUUAAAUUAAGCAUGAGGUUAAACUCAAAAUACAGCAAGCCUGGCGAAAGCAGAAAGAUUAUUAAGAGUAAUAACUAAAGCAUAAUUAGAUUAGAGACCAGUAAGAUCGGUUAAAUUUUAUAAAUUUGUUAUAAGGAUGAUGAUAAUAAAGUUUAUAAAUUAAUAUCACAUAGAAGAUUGAAAAGACUUUGA